AUGUCUGAAGACUGGGAAUCCGUGACGAAGAUUGGUAGCAAGGCUCGAGGACCAGGCGCCACAACAAGAGAGACCACAGUCAAAGGCAAGACCGCUCUAAACGCCGCCCAACGUAGCGGAGCAAUUACAGGCACAGAAAAGAAAUACGCGAGCGCAAACGCAAGCGGCAACCCAGAAGGCCAACACCUAACCAAAGUCGAUCGAAGCGACGACAUCGUCAAGACGAAAAAAGUCCCCGACGAAGUCUCCAAAGCCCUCAUGCAAGCCCGCAAUAACAUGAAGAAUGCCAAAGGCAACACGAUGACGCAGAAGGAGUUGGCGACGAAGGCGAACGUGGAUCCCAAGGUGAUUUCGGAUCUGGAGCGGACGGGGGCGGAUUUCCCGGCUAUGGAUGCGAUUCAGAAGGUGCAGAAGGCGGCGAAUGUUAGGUUGACGGGGAAAGAUAUCGGGGGGCCGAUGCUUGGCCCUAAGAAGAAGACUUGA